CCUCUGUGGUGGAUAGUGGGGUGUUUCCCAUGUGGUAUUGGUGUGCUGGAUAUCCCUUCACUGGUAGCCUGGUAACAUACACUCCCAGGUCUUUCUCUGCCUCUGUGGUGGUUAGUGGAGUGUUUCCCAUGUGGUAUUGGUGUGCUGGAUAUCCCUUCACUGGUAGCCUGGUAACAUACACUCCCAGGUCUUUCUCUGCCUCUGUGGUGGAUAGUGGAGUGUUUCCCAUGUGGUAUUGGUGUGCUGGAUAUCCCUUCACUGGUAGCCUGGUAACAUACACUCCCAGGUCUUUCUCUGCCUCUGUGGUGGAUAGUGGAGUGUUUCCCAUGUGGUAUUGGUGUGCUGGAUAUCCCUUCACUGGUAGCCUGGUAACAUACACUCCCAGGUCUUUCUCUGCCUCUGUGGUGGAUAGUGGAGUGUUUCCCAUGUGGUAUUGGUGUGCUGGAUAUCCCUUCACUGGUAGCCUGGUAACAUACACUCCCAGGUCUUUCUCUGCCUCUGUGGUGGAUAGUGCAGUGAGUGUUUCCCAUGUGGUAUUGGUGUGCUGGAUAUCCCCUCCCAAGGUGCAUGACUUUACAUUUUUCUUCAUUGAAUUGUGGCUGCCACUUUUUGUUCCAUUCCUGUAGCUUGGUGAUGUUGUAGGAAAUCUGCAGUCAAGGGGUUAACUCUAUCUUAUGUCCUUAGCAAUAGCCUUCAAUAAGCUUCUGGUGCUAAUGGCGUUGUGUCCCUCCAGGAGGCCGAGAGGGUGUACUUCAACAUGUCCAAGAAGUUCAGUCAGGAGCUGAGUGUGUGGGUGAAGGCGGGACUCUUCUUCUUCAGUCACAUCAUGGCUGGGGAGGGACGUCGCUUCUUUGAGCGGGCGCUGCGCUCUCUCGACAAGAAGGACCAUGUGGAGCUCAUCAACCGGUUUGGCCAGCUUGAGUUUCGCUUUGGGGAGACCGAGCGCAGUUGGACCAUGUUUGAGUCCCUCCUCAGCACCUACUGGAAGAGGCUGGACAUCUGGAGUGUCUACGUGGACCUGCUCACCAAGGCCAAGGACACUGAGGGGGCAAGGUGAGGCUGGUGUGAUGUAACCGUGGGUGUCAUUCUUGCUCUAUAGAUUCUGCUGAGGCCAAGGCUGGAGGGACAACUUUUACAUGGAGGCUUUUUGUCAAGGGGCUAUGUUAUUCCUCAGUCAAAAGUUUUAUGGGGACGAUCAACUUGGACAAGAAUACAGUGGGGUAGUCACAAUAACAUGGUCUUGUUGGGCAUCAUUUUUGAUCUAUAGAUUCUGCUGAGGCCAAGGCUAGAGGGACAGCUUUUACAUGGAGGCUGUUUGUCAAGGGGCUAUGUUAUUCCUCAGUCAAAAGUUGUAUGGGGACAAUCAACAAGAAUAUAGUGGGGUAAUGACAUGGUCUUGUUGGGCAUCAUUUUUGCUUUAUAGACUUGAGGGCAUAGCUGGGCAUGAUAACAGAAAACCUUAUUCCCGAUAACCGUUAACUGAUAAUGAAAAACCUUAAUGGCGAUAACUGAUAUUCGUUAACUAGAGACACAAAUAUAGGCGAUAACCGAUAACCGAUACCCGAUAUAAAUCCACAAUUCCGAUACUAGCUAGCGAUAAGUCCGAUAGAUUGAUUGAUUGAUUGAUAGUUUAUUGUUGCAGGUAAACAACAAGGGAGAAGGGAGGAACAUGCCAUCCCAACCCCCAGGCAGGACAGAGUGUGAUUAUACAACUAUUAAGACAUGUGUAGGGAGCACCAUGAAACUAAAAAGAUACAAUGGUAGGAAGGAAAGCACAACAAGGGAGGGGGCGGUACCUCCCCCUGGACAAUAAGACAAUAAAAUGUGGGGACGGAGAACAUUGCCCAAGCACUAGAUGGGAAUGAAUAUAGAGAUAGAGUAAAUACUAGUCCUUAAAGUAAAAUGGCGAAACGAUAUUAUAUUGAUAUUUCAGAUAGAACAACAUUGAUGAAUUCAAAUUUUCAUUAUCUGUAUUUUAGGAAACUUACAAAACCUUAAAACCACACGUUGACACGUACAUAUGGACGUUAAUACUAGAAAUGCUUGAAUUGGUGUUGUGUUAUUUGGCGUCCCCACUG